CAACACACCCCAUAAACAUAUAUACAUAUUGACAAUCUCACAAUCAUCAAUCCAAAGUCAACUAUUCUCUUUCUUCUGCUGUCACCACUCGCCACCACCAUCACCACCACCAUCACCACCAAAAUCCAGCUUUUAUUACCAGAAAAAAUGUCUCUUCUGGAUCCAUCGAUGGAAGACUUACCGGUGUAUAUCACGGCUGAUAUUCUCUCAAGACUUCCAGUCAAAACGAUCAUCCAUUGCAAAUGUGUAUGCAAGAAGUGGCUGGAUCUCGUUUCAGACUCUUACUUUUCCAAUCUUCAUCUCCAGAGGUCACCUUCAAGCCUCAUGAUUCAUCAUAAUCCUGAAAAGGAAAUGGCCAUUUACUAUAGAACAGGUAUUUUGAAGUGGCUAGAGGUUGAAGACGAACUCCAUCACCACAAUUUACACCAUGACCCAGUCAUGAGCCUCGACCUUAAUCUCGCACCCAUUUUCCAAGAAUCUCAAAUACACCCCGUAGGCUCAGUCGAUGGUUUGCUCUGUCUAUGGCAAUUUGGUUCUGAAAAUGAAAACACUUACAUAUGCAAUCCAAUCACCAGAGAAUACAUGAUCCUCCCAAAUCAACAAUACCAUAGAGAAUAUUUUGCAAUAGUUAUGUGUUGUUUCGGAGUCGGGUCAAUAACAAGGGAAUAUAAAGUGAUACGGAUCUUUCAAGGAGAUAUACCCACAAACCCUAAUUCAUCAUCUCCUCCGAUUCUACUAGAAGGUGAGAUUUACACCAUUGGCACAGGCCAAUGGAGAAAUCUUAGUAUUAUCCCUUAUUGGCUUAGUAACUUCAAUGGGAUAUUCUUAAAUGGACAUGCUCAUUGGAUUGUUAUUGAUCAGGAUUCGCCUGAAAAGCUUUGUGCUUUUGAUUUUGAUAAGGAGACGUUCAAGUUGUUCCCAUCUCCUCCUGUUGAAAUUGUAGAAGAAAGUCGUAUCCAUUUCUACAGUUUGGCUGUUCUUAAAGGUUGUUUAUGUCAAUCGGAUACCUUCGAUUCUCAAUUCACGAUUUGGGUGAUGAAGGAAUAUGGGAUCAAGAAAUCUUGGCAAAAAGAGGUCAUUAUCAAGCGAAGCAUUAGCCCGGAUCUUGAUUGGUUGAUGAGGGAACCUGUUUAUGUGAUUUGGGGUUUGAACGAUGGAACGAUUUUGAUGGUGUAUGAUGAAGAAAAACUGCUGGAAUAUUCUCCUCUCACAAGAACAAUUGUUGAUACUGAAAUAUUUCAUCCAUAUUUCACUGGAAUCGCUUAUCGACCCAGCUUUCUUAAACUCCAGAACUUCAGAAUAGAGAGAGUUCGUGUGUUCUCAGGGUCAAUAAAGUUGAUGUAAUUAUCACCCAUUUACCAGAUGAUUUAGAUCUUGAUAAUCUUUUAUUUCAUUUCAUUUGAUAAAUAUUAUAUUUUUUGUGUUGAAAAUUAUUCAUAAAGCAAUUAUAUAUUACUUACCCAAGUGACUUCAUUGCGGAA